AUGGCGGAUGCGGAGCCUGUAACCGGGAGGCGAAGGCCCAGGGGACCGGAGGCCACCGCCCGCAGCGAAGCCUUGGAACGCCUCAAAGCUCGCCUCCGCGGCGGUCGCCGAUCCGAUGCCGAUGGACCCCAAAUCAGGUUAGAAAACCCUAUCUACGACACUGUUGCCGAGGACGAAUACAACGCUCUCGUCGCCAAACGCCGUGAACAGGCACGCGCUUUCAUCGUCGACGAUGAAGGUCUGGGAUACGGCGACGAAGGCGAGGAAGAGGAUUGGUCUAAGGCUGGCUUCACCCUUUCCUCUGACGAAUCCGAAGGCGAAUCGGAGAGACCGAAACGCAAAAGAGUCGAGAAGAAGGAUCCUCAGCCGAAACGACCUUCUUCUUCGCUCUCCGCUGCCGCCGCCAUGAUGGGAGGUCAGAGAUUGUCCUCAAUGUUCACUUCGUCGGUUUUCAAGAAAAGCAGAGAUGACAAGGUCUGCGAUAGUAUCGUCGACGAUGUUAUCGCGGAAUUUGCACCGGACGAGACCGAUAGACUGAGGCGUAGAAGGGGUCAAGCGAAUUCCUCUUCAGUUUCUGUUGCCAACAAUGCUUCGCGGAUUAGCAAUGACAAGCCAUCUGCUGAAUUCAUCGGAGGUUCUUUGUUGACCGCAAAUGAUAAGUCUGAGUCGAUUAAGGUUGCUGAGAAUAAUGGUCGUGACCUGGGAUUAGAGCAAAAGUGUGAAACAGUUAAAGAAAUUGAAGACUCAGUGCACGGAAGUUCUGAGAAUGGACAUGCGUUGGAGCCUGAUGAUUGCCCAAUUAAGGAGGGUUUAGUUGAGGAGAAAGCAGUGAAGAACAUUGAAAUUGAAGUAAAACAGGACACGAAAAAGGAGGUGUUCACUUUGAAUGCGAAAGUUAAAGAGGAGGAGGAGGACCCGGCAUUGUGUGCUACUGCUGGUUGGAAGGAGGCGAAGAGCGUUGGUGGAGGGGAUAUCAAUGUUGCUGAUUCGAAGGAUGCUUUGCAUAAUCAACAACACUCGGAUUUUGAUCUGGAGGAAGAUGAGUCACUGCCUUUCUACAUUUUAGAUGCCUAUGAGGAGUUCUAUGGAGAGAAUAGGGGCACUCUUUACCUGUUUGGGAAGGUCAAAACAGGGAACUUGUAUCAGAGUUGCUGUGUUAUUGUAAAGAACAUGCAGAGGUGUGUCUAUGCAAUUCCUAGUCAUCCUUUGCACUGCACUGAUGAGAUGAUGAGUCUCGAGAGAGAUGUCCAAGAGUCUCGAAUUUCUCCUGCAGAUUUCUUUAAGAAGCUUCAAGAUGCAGUAUCUGAUGUUAAGAGUGAAAUAGCACAGCAUCUGGUGAAUUUGGAAGUUUCUAACUUUAGCAUGGCACCUGUUAAGAGGAAAUAUGCAUUUGAACGAUCUGAAAUUCCUACAGGUGAAAAUUAUGUGGUGAAAAUCAAUUAUUCAUUCAAGGAUCCAGUACUUCCAGUAGAUCUCAAAGGAGAAAGUUUCUGUGCUCUUUUGGGAACUGGUUGCAGUGCGCUUGAGCUUUUUCUGAUUAAAAGAAAGAUAAAGGGGCCUUCAUGGCUACAUGUUUCAAAGUUUUGUACAAGCUCAGCUUCUCGAAGGGUUAGCUGGUGCAAAUUUGAAGUGACUGUUGACUCUCCAAAACAUAUAAGGAGUUCAACUCCUUCAAAAAUCACUUCUAGGAUUCCUCCUGUGGUUGUUGCAGCAAUAAACUUGAAAACAACCAUAAAUGAAAAACAGAACAUAAAUGAGAUUGUAUCUGCAUCCGUUGUGUGUUGCAAUAUGGUUAAGAUUGACACUCCUAUGUUGGCUUCAGAGUGGAAGAGACCUGGAAGGCUGACCCAUUUUACUGUUAUUCGAAAACUUGAUGGGAAUAUAUUUCCGCUGGGAUUCAACAAGGAGGUUACAGACAGAAACUUAAAAGCUGGAUCCAAUGUUGUGUGUGUUGAAAGCAGUGAAAGAGCUCUGUUAAAUCGCCUGAUGUUAGAAUUAUACAAGUUGGAUAGCGAUGUUCUUGUUGGACAUAAUAUUUCUGGAUUUGACCUGGAUGUUCUUCUCCACAGAUCUCAGGCUUGCAAGGUAGCAAGCAGCAACUGGUCUAAACUAGGCCGCCUCAACCGUUCUACAAUGCCUAAGUUUGGUAGAAGAAGCAAGAUUUUUGGUUCAGGAGCAGAUCCUGGUAUUAUGUCUUGCAUUGCUGGCCGGCUUCUUUGUGAUACAUACUUGUGUUCGCGUGACCUAUUAAAGGAGGUUAGUUAUGCUUUAACUCACCUUGCUAAAACACAUCUGAACAAGUUUCGGAAGGAAGUUUCCCCACAGGAUGUUCCAAAAAUGUUCCAAACAGCAGAAUCCUUAAUGGAGCUUAUUGAAUAUGGUGAAACGGAUGCAUGGUUGUCUAUGGAACUAAUGUUUUAUUUGAGUAUUCUUCCACUCACACGUCAGCUGACUAAUAUAAGUGGUAAUCUGUGGGGAAAAACUCUUCAGGGUGCUCGAGCUCAGAGAGUGGAGUAUCUUUUGUUGCAUACUUUCCAUGCAAAGAAAUAUAUCGUGCCAGACAAGUUUUCGAACCAUGCAAAAGAAACAAAAUUGAAACGCAGAGUAACUCCUGGUGUUGAGGAUAGCAACUUUGAUGAAGUAGAUGAUGCAAACUAUGACAAUGAUGCUUCUGAAACUGAUCCCAAAAAAGGCAGAAAGGCUCCUUCCUAUGCCGGGGGACUGGUUUUAGAGCCGAAGAAGGGUCUAUAUGACAAAUAUAUAUUGCUUCUGGACUUCAAUAGUCUUUAUCCUUCUAUAAUUCAGGAAUACAAUAUCUGCUUCACAACUGUUGAAAGAUCUUCCGACGGAUCUUUCCCUCAUCUACCAUCUAGUAAAAGAACAGGAGUCUUGCCAGAGGUACUGAAAAAUCUGGUGGACCGAAGGAAAAAAGUAAAGUCGUGGAUAAAGAAUGAAAAACAGAAGAAUGAUAAAGCUGAUCCUAUCAGAGUUCAGCAACUGGACAUCCAGCAGCAAGCACUGAAACUUACUGCAAACAGUAUGUAUGGGUGCCUGGGGUUUUCCAAUUCAAGAUUUUAUGCUAAGCCGCUUGCUGAGCUCAUUACCCUACAAGGAAGAGAGAUACUACAGAGUACUGUUGAUCUUGUUCAGAAUAACUUGAAUUUAGAGGUGAUCUAUGGUGAUACUGAUUCAAUAAUGAUUUACAGUGGGCUAGAUGAUAUUGAGGAAGCAAAUAAAAUUGCUGGAAGAGUUAUUCAAGAGGUCAAUAAGAAAUAUACAUGCCUGGAAAUUGAUCUUGAUGGUUUAUAUAAAAGGAUGCUGCUUCUUAAGAAAAAGAAAUAUGCAGCUGUAAAGGUGCAGUUUAAGGAUGGCAUCCCUUAUGAGGUUAUUGAACGUAAAGGUCUUGACAUUGUUCGUCGUGACUGGAGCUUACUAGCAAAAGAAUUAGGAGAUUUCUGCUUGACACAAAUUUUGUCGGGAGGGUCAUGUGAAGAUGUCAUUGAGUCAAUCCACAGUUCUCUCAUGAAGGUACAAGAAGAAAUGAGGAAUGGACAAGUGCCAUUAGAGAAAUACGUCAUUACAAAGACAUUGACUAAACCUCCUGAUGCUUAUCCUGAUGCCAAAAACCAGCCACAUGUUCUUGUGGCACAAAGAUUGAAGCAACAAGGUUACUCCUCUGGUUGUUCUGUUGGUGAUACAAUCCCUUAUAUAAUUUGCUAUGAGCAGGGCUCUAGUUCAGGCAGUGCAGGCGGCAUUGCUCAACGUGCCAGACAUCCUGAUGAACUAAAACGAGAACAAGGGACAUGGCUGAUUGACAUUGAUUACUAUUUGUCACAACAGAUUCACCCUGUGGUAUCACGUCUUUGUGCAUCAAUUCAGGGGACAAGCCCCGAAAGACUGGCUGAUUGUCUAGGGCUUGAUUCGUCAAAGUUUCAUCAUAAAUCAAGUGAGGCUUCAAACGGUGAUCCUACAAGCUCACUCUUGUUUGCUGCUGAUGAUGAGGAGAGGUAUCAGGGAUGUGAGCCGUUGAUCUUGUCAUGCCCCAGCUGCUCUGGUACUUUUGACUGCCCACCUGGGUUUAAAUCUAUUUGUUUAUUGGGAAGUGAAAAGCCAACCAGGUCAGUCACGGAGGAAUCUGAGUACAACUUCUGGUGCAAGCUGUGCUGUCCUAAAUGCCCAGAUGUUAAAAUUUCUCCUGCAAUGAUAGCCAAUCAGGUCAAAAGGCAAGCAGAGAAGUUUGUUUUAAUGUACUAUAGAGGUUUAGUAAUGUGUGAUGAUGAAACGUGUAAGCAUACAACGCGAAGUAUCAGCCUUCGAUUGGUUGGUGAUUCUGAGAGAGGAACUGUUUGUCCAAAUUAUCCUCGUUGCAAUGGGCGUCUACAUAGAAAGUACACUGAAGCAGACUUGUACAAGCAGCUCUCAUAUUUUUGCCAUGUGUUCGAUUCUGUUUGUAGUAUAGAAAAGAUGGAGGCAAAAUCUAGAAUACCAAUAGAGAAAGAGUUGAUCAAAAUUAGGCCGAUGGUUAAUCUGGCAGCAUCAACGGUACAGAAAAUCAGGGACCGUUGCGCCUAUGGGUGGGUGAGACUGCAGGAUCUGGUCAUUUCAGUUUAAUUUACAGAUUUGAUGCCAAAGUGAGUUUACAUGGUCCAGCCUAAGCGAUGUCCAUGAGAAUCUACACCAGCAAGGGGAUUAUCAACAAAGUCAUGAUGUUACUAUAAAUAUAUGUUAUCGAUUGUUAUCGUCACCAGCCUUGUGUUACAAUCAAGUCUGAUUGAGCUAGUCACGCAAGCAGUCCAGGGCUUAUAAUUAUAUCUCCUCGCAAUAUCCCUCUGCAGUUAAUCGGAAACAGCAGUAAUUUGUUCUUGAUUGCGUAUUUGUCCAUAGAACACUUUUAAAUUUUUUGUAAAUGUUUUUACGUUUAUUUAAAAAAUAUGAUUAAAAAGGGGUGGGGUGGACCCUCUGAUUUUACUCUACUUGAGUAUUUUGUAUUAGAUAGUAGUAAAAUCAAUUUAAAAAGAAUUAAGGUUAAAAUUGAU